AUGGACCUGGAAGGCGUGAAGGUAGAAAUUGUCUGGAGAAACAUAACCGUGGAGCCAACGGAGCCUCUCAAGGAGGCACUGGUCAAAAGGGCGCAAGGAAAGAUAGAGCCCUCUGAAAUGACUGUGCUUGUAGGUGUAAGUGGGGCGGGGAAGACAACGAUGCUGAAUGCCAUAGUAGGAAAGCCCAUGGAUGGACUAAAAGUGACGGGAGAAGUUCUUCUUAAUGGCCAUCCUGUUAAUACGGAUGUAUGGGAGUGUGCUGUGGGGUUUGUGGGUGAGCGUCUCCACUCAUACGAGACUCAGACGGUCGAAGAAACCUUGAAGUUUGCAGUGAUGGUAUCAAGAGGUCUAGGCCCGGGAACAUCUGUGAGUGAAGAGGUGUCAAGCCUAAUCCGAAGCCUAGGGCUGUCUAGAGUUGCACAUACGCCCAUCAACUCGGUAUCAACUGGAGAGAGGGUGAGGCUUUCUCUAGGAAUAACGCUUGCAAAGAGGCCUUCCAUAUUAAUCAUAGACGAAGUCACCAACGACCUCGAUUCAUUCAAUAUCAUCCAUAUCCUAAAGAUCCUUAUGGAUCUGAAGCACCGGGGAAAAGGGAUUAUCAUCUCGUUUCAGAGGCUUCCUCGGGAGAUACUCCCAUUUUUUGAUAAGAUCAUGGUGAUAUGCCAAGGAGAAAUUGCAUUCAGUGGAAGCCUCGAGCAGUGUACAAGUUUCUUUGAAAGAUGUGGAUGUAGCCUUGAAAAACAAGUGAACUCCCCGGACUUCUUCAUGGAGGUCCUAUCGAUCGACACGACAACCCCCGAGUCUGAGAGAGAGUCACUUCGGAGAAUAGAAAGAUUAAAAAUGUCCUGGAAAAGAAUAGAGCCUUUGGUAGUAUCAUCGAUAAUAAGGAAGACAGAGUUUCCUGUUGUGGCUAGAAAGUCUAUCCAGAACUUCAUGCUGGUUUUCGAAAGAAACCUAUCUGAUUUUUCUAGAAGCCGUGGGCUUAUGCAUAUCCUAAGCAUCCAAAGAUUCGUGACCCUACUAUUUCUUGUCUCCAUCUACUACAGGCUUGAUUAUACGCAAAAGGGCAUCCAGGAUAGGCUUGGGAUCCUUUCGUUCAUAAUCAUGGGAUGUUUUGAAAAGGCGGCGUUUGUUUCAAUAAUAUUUAUUUCUUCGCACAAGAAGGCACUCAAAAGAGAGGUCUGUGCGGGAAUGUAUGGCGCAGUCACAUCCUACUUCGCCAACAUGGCAUCCACCCUUUGUAUGUCCGGUAUUCCCAACAUUUUUUACAUUGCCGUGGUGUAUUGGAUUGUGGGCCUCAAUCCAGACAUCCUCAGAUUUAUAUUCUUUGUGUUUGUCUUCACAGUGAUUGUGCUUCUUUCCACAUCGUUUGGAAUUGUGGCCUCGCUCUACACCAAGACACUUAUACAUGCGCAAAUACUUGCAUCCACAGUAAUCAUGGUAUUUACAAUGCUUGGUGGAUCAUUUGUUAAUCUAGGGUCAAUCCCAAGGUUUAUUAGAUGGGCCACAUGGAUAUCUCCUGUGUACUAUGUUCUUGAAACUGUCUUACAAACACAGCUUGAGAACUUAACCUUCGAGUGUAAGGGUUCCGAAAGAUGUAUCUCUAGUGGAAAGGAGGCAUUGAACAUAUAUGGGUUCGGGAGGGUUAGGUACGCUGUGUCUAUAGGGAUACUCCUCUUCAUUACUACUGUAUUCAUUGCCUUUGGUGCCAUCUCAAUGAACAGGAUGAUUAAACCGAAGAAUACCACAUAA